CGCAGAGACAUUUUUUAUUCUCACCACACCUUCCUCUGCAAAUCUCUCUCUCUCACUGUGUGUGCCCCUUCUCUUCUCGCAAACCCUUUUCCGCUCGGACACAGUAUAUCACGAAAUCCAAGUAAAUUACACGAGCUAUAUUUUUGAUCGGAAACGAGCUAUAUUUGAUUGGAUUAGGUGUAGGGUAUGGGGCUACCGAGGAGGCCAAUCCAGGCGGUAUCCACAUGGAUGCGGCGGCAACCGCCCAAGGUGAAGGCCUUUCUGGCGGUGAUUGGUGGCAUGAUGGCGCUUGUUCUCCUCCGCGCAAUUGUUUAUGAUCACGAUAAUCUGUUUAUUGCAGCCGAGGCUGUUCACGCCAUCGGGAUUUCCGUUCUUAUCUACAAAUUGAUGAAGGAGAGGACUUGUGCCGGGCUGUCACUCAAAUCGCAAGAGCUAACAGCUCUGUUUUUGGCGGUGAGACUGUAUUGUAGCUUUGUCAUGGAAUAUGAUAUCCACACUUUGCUUGACAUGGCUACACUUGUCACGACGUUGUGGGUUAUUUAUAUGAUCCGAUUCAAUCUGAAAUCAAGCUACAUGGAGGAUAAAGACAACUUGCCUUUGUACUACGUUGCAGCUCCUUGUCUUGUUUUGGCUUUACUAAUUCACCCAACCACGACACAUCAUGUAAUCAACAGGAUCUCCUGGGCAUUCUGUGUUUACCUGGAAGCAGUCUCUGUGCUACCUCAAUUACGCGUCAUGCAGAACACAAAGAUUGUUGAACCAUUUACAGCUCAUUAUGUAUUUGCAUUGGGUGUUGCAAGGUUUUUGAGCUGUGCUCACUGGGUUCUUCAGGUUGUGGACACUCGGGGUCGCCUCCUUGUGGCAUUGGGCUAUGGACUAUGGCCGUCAAUGGUUCUUUUAUGCGAAAUAAUUCAGACUUUUAUUCUGGCAGACUUUUGCUAUUACUAUGUUAAAAGUGUGUUCGGGGGACAACUUGUGAUGCGCCUUCCAUCCGGCGUCGUGUAAUACAUGUUCAUUAAGCUUAUUAGUCUUGGUUUUGGUAUACAUACAUGCAGACCACUCCAGCCUCCUGCGAUCAUUUGGUUGUGGGGGACUUGGUGUUCAGUUCAGUAAAUACCGAAUGCUUGAAUCAUUCUGAAGUUUCUUGUAACUCCUUAACUGUAUUUUGGAUCUACUGUUUGUUUGGGAUAGAUGUUAUUAUAUAUCUGUAAUCCAUUUCAAUGCGGAAUCAAAUGUGUUUAUGGUUAUUUCA